AUGGGCAACAUCUGCUCCCGCUCUUCCAAUGAGGCAGACCCUUUCAAUCAGCCUGGCCGUGUAGUCGGCACCAACCCAGGGGGAACUGCCGCACCCCGCGCCCCACUUCCGGCCAAGACAAACUGGAAGGCUACACCCGGCCGUACUCUGGGUGAAAGCACUACAGGUAGUAGUACUGCUGGAACGGACGAGGCACGUGCAAACGCUGCAAUCGCCGCACAGAAACGUGCCGAAGGCGCCUUAGCCAAUAAAGGGAAAUUGGGCUCAAAGCUAGCUGCUCAGAAGGCACAAACUCAAGCGCAGACAUUGGAUCAAGUCAGUCGCACAGAGAGGGCUGCGCGAGAUGUAGAUGGGGCUGAAGCUGCAAGGAGAUGGGAAUAG